AUAUUAGCCUUCCGGGUUUCUCUUGGAUGCAGCUCCUCGAUUCUGUGAAAAAACCAGUCGUGCUGCCCAAUAUACCCAAAAUUUUGCAUUCACCGUCGAUUGGAUCGCACUGGAAGCUUUAGUCAUUCAGCGUUCGAAUCUGCUACUAACAAGUUUGUUCUGAAGAGUUGCUCUCGUACUAGCUGAUAGAUUAAACCUGAUAAAUAGCUAAAGAGCUGUGAUUACUUCUUGGUACGUGGAGAUAAACUUAGAGAUAGAUUGUAAACGUAAACAGCUACCGGUCAAAGUUUAAUAUGUCGAAGAAGUGAACCAGUGAAAAGAAGAAGCGCUUCACGAGUGGCAGUUAAAUUUAUAAAAUAUGAUUGGACACUUUUGGAUGCGAAUGCUGGUGGUAGUGUUUGUAGUGGCGCUGACUGUGGUCGUUGUCGAUUGUCAAAAUUAUGAUCAUGAGACUGUUGGACGAUUUCCAGCAUUAUUCGAGUACGAUGAUUUUGAAAGCUGUCGUAAGACGUAUCGUGAGCGAUACGUUUACUGUAUAGUUCGAGCGAAGAUAGUUCCGGACGAUGAGUCACUAUUAUGGCAAAACAUGAGCCUGGUCUCCGAAGAUAACUUUUAUUAUGAUCAUCGGGUGUUGGAACGGGGAAUGUGUGUUCAAAAUUGUCUCGCAAACGCAGACAAAGAUACUGUUGCCGAUCUAAAUGGACUGAAUCAAUUGAGAACUUGCAUUAAUCACCGUCUCCAGAAGAGUCAUGAUCUUCAGAUUGAUCCAGACCUUCAUAUCUACCACUGCUACAACAAACCAAACGAAGAUCCUCCUUAUGACGCAUUGGAAAUAGUUUUCUUCAUCACAAUUGCAGUGCUAACCCUCCUCGUCUGCUACUCAACAUGGUAUGACUUAUCACUUCAAUCGGCGCAUCGGUAUACCGAUAAUUACUUCAGCAAAUCUCACACCACUAGUCAACAAAAGUUGCUCACUGCCUUCUCUAUUCCGCGGAAUCUCCGGCGCAUAGGACACACCGCGAAUACGGAAAUUCGGCGGGAUUUGAAUUUCCUUGAGUCGUUCCGUUUCAUCCAAAUGUAUCGGAUUAUCUCGCUUCAUGUGGUGAUGGCACUGGUCAAGGUACCCAAGAGUAAUCCGGAAGACCUUGAACUGAUGGUCAAUCAACCUGCAGCUAUUGAAUACGUUGCAGAGUUUCAAAACUAUGUACAAACCUUCUUUUCCAUAACUGGAAUGUUGAUGACGAUCAACUUUCUGGAGCACAUUCGCAAAAACCCUCAGUUCAACAUGAAAUACUUUUGGGAACGUAUCCGAGCACGGAUGUACCGAAUCGUCCCGGCUUAUUUGUUUAUCCUCUUGCUGGAAACUUCCAUCACUCGGCGUUUCAUGGAUGGACCUCUGGCAGAGCUUAUGAUUGGGCAAUCGAGGGCUAGUUGUCGUCAAAGUUGGUGGAAAAAUCUUCUAUUUGUGAACAACUACAUCGAUACAGACAAACCAUGCCUUAUCCAAUCUUGGUAUCUGUCGGCUGAUUUACAACUCUUUACCUUUGCUCUUGGGUGCCUCAUGCUUAUCUGGCGAUGGCCAUUCCUAAAGAAAUACAUCCUUGGCAUUGGAUUAACAUGGGGACUUGUCGUCACCACGAUAGUUGCGUACUUAGGUCGAAUUCCACCAGUCAUGACCGAAGACCUCAAGCUGUACAAUAACUACAACUUCGGUCAUCCGUACUUCCAACUGUACCAACCAUUCCACAUGAAUAUCACAAUCUACUUCGCCGGGAUGAUCGCCGGUUUUGUGUACCAUCGGUAUCGGGAAUCACGCAAAGAGUUUUUCAAAUGCCAGCUACAGUUUAAUUUGCUGCAGGUCUUCCUGUUCCUGUACUUCUCUACCGUGUUCACAGGCUGGUGGGUCGUUCGGAAUCAAUCUGUGAUUUCGCCUAUUUUGGUGGCAAUCUACGCCACCUGUUUCAAGCACGUCUGGGGCUUCCUGUGCACUAUGAUCCAGAUACGAACAGCUCUCGCCACCAGCUGGUCCCGAUUCCGCAACUUCUUCAGCCACCCGAUUUUCAUUAUACUUGGGAAACUGUGCUACAGCUUCUACCUCAUUCACUUCACCGUAAUAGUGCAAGUCGUAGGUUCAGCUAAACAACCCAUUUUCUAUAGUAUGAGAGCGAUUUUCGAAUAUACUUUCACAACCUGUAUAUGGUCCCUCAUUUUUGGAACAUUGCUCUGCAUUCUGGUUGAAUUGCCUUCGAAUGUGGCCCUGCAGGAAUUGUUUGAAUCCAGGUCGGAGAAAAAGUCAACCGAUAAUGAUGCAAGUAUGCCAAACAGAAAAAUACACAAAGAUCCUAGCCACUGAGAACCGAAUUUUAAGAUAAGUGACAAUAAUUUUAAGAAUAAUUGUAAAAAAUGGUGAUAAUGUGAGUAGAAUUAGUAUAAGUAUGUCCCUAGUAAAGCUGUGUUUCAAUCAUUUAA